UAUGAUGAUGUACCUUGAAGCCUUUUUGUUGUAUCUUUUGCACAUAUACCAUCAUCUAGGCAUUUCAUUUUUUCCUUCAGGGUCAAGCUAUCUCAUGGAGCUUCACAACCAUUUUUUUAAUAUCACCUUCAUUUCCUUCUUUAUCUUCCUCUUGGUGUUAUUCAAAAUAGUCAAAAUAUGGAGUUAUAACACUUCCACGGUUAAUUUGCCACCAGGACCAUGGAAACUACCCUUCAUAGGAAACUUACAUCAGAUUAUCAGCAGAUCAUUGCCCCAUCACCGUUUUAAAUUUUUGGCAGAUAAAUAUGGACCCUUGAUGUACCUGAAAUUAGGAGGGGUGCCAUACGUAAUAGUUAGUUCACCAGAAAUUGCCAAAGAGAUUAUGAAAACACAUGAUCUCAACUUUAGUGGUAGGCCAAACCUUCUUUUGUCUACAAUAUGGAGUUACAAUGCUACUGAUGUUAUAUUCUCGAUAUAUGGAGAACGGUGGAGGCAACUACGAAAGAUAUGUGUUAUAGAACUAUUAAGCGCAAAGCGUGUCCAAUCAUUUAGGUCUAUAAGAGAAGAUGAAGUGACAAAUCUUGUUAAAUCAAUAACUGCAAGUGAAGGAUCAGUUGUUAAUCUCACUCAGAAGAUUUUGUCAACGACAUAUGGGAUAACAGCGCGAGCGGCUUUUGGGAAAAGGAGCAAACACCAAGAAGUGUUUAGAUCAGCAAUAGAGGAAGUAGCAAGUUUGUUGGGAGGCGUUUGUAUUGUGGAUUUGUUUCCUUCUAUUAAAUUGCUUCAAUGCUUGAGUAGAGCGAAGACCAAAAUGGAAAAACUUCACAAAGAGCUUGAUAUGACAUUGCAAGACAUCAUCGACGAUCACAAAAGCAUUCACAAGGAAGAAAGCAAUGAUGAAGAUCUAGUAGAUGUUCUUCUCAAGAUUCAACAGGAAAAUUAUCACUCACAACAUCCUUUAACUGAUGACAAUAUAAAAUCAAUCAUCCAGGACAUGUUUGGUGCUGGUACUGAAACAUCGUCAGAGGCUGUGAUUUGGGCGAUGUCUGCGAUGGUAAAAAACUCAAAUGUAAUGGAACAAGCACAAGCUGAAGUAAGAAGAGUGUUUGAUAAAAAGGGAUAUGUGGAUGAGACAGAGUUGUACCAAUUGAUAUACUUAAAGUCUGUCAUCAAAGAAACAUUGAGGUUGUAUCCUGUUGCUCCAUUGUUAGUUCCAAGAGAAAGUAGGGAGAGAUGCCAAAUCAAUGGUUAUGAGAUUCCAGCCAAGACAAGGGUUGCUGUCAAUGCUUGGGCUAUUGGAAGAGAUCCAAGGUAUUGGGUUGAAGCUGAGAGUUUUAAACCUGAGAGGUUUGUUAAUAGCCCAAUUGAUUUCAAAGGCACGGACUUCGAAUUCAUACCAUUUGGUGCUGGAAGGAGGAUGUGUCCAGGUAUUGCAUUUGCCUUGCCCAAUGUUGAGCUGCCUCUUGCUAAGUUACUUUAUCACUUUGAUUGGAAGCUUCCCAAUGGAAUGAAGAAUGAAGAAUUGGAUAUGACUGAGUCAUUUGGGAUUACUGCAGGUAGAAAACACGAUCUAUGCUUAAUUCCUAUCCCUCGUCGUUUUUAAUAUGUAUUGUCUAAGCAAACAAGUUCAGAAACGAUGUUCCUAAUAAAAUUUGUAUUGGUUAUCUUUACAUAUAAGUUUCACCAGUGUAACAUUGAUGGAAAAAACAUUA